ACAUCAGGACUCAUCAGAGAUAAGACAUAUUCACAAGUGUUCUUUUUAUAUCGAUACAUCUUAAAAAUAUCGAAUGAAUCAAACGCCUUUCUCAGAUAAAAUUAUAGUCACCCAACGCUAUAUAUACCCACAGAUGACAUUUGGAUCACAAACUGUAAGCACCUCGGUCAAGUUGCAUUCAGUCGACUCCUGAUUCCUGAACUCCAUAAUCAUGGGGGUUGUUCAAUUGCUCAGAUUCGCUUUCGUGGUAGUUAUCACGUGCCAAUUUGGCGCCCACGGCAAGGUUCGAUACGAUGGCUACAAGGUAUUUCGCAUUACUCCUCGGACCCAAGAUGAAUUAAAAUGGAUGCAAGGUGUGGCCGACAGAUGGGAAACGCUUGAUUUCUGGAAGCACCCAACGAAAGUUGGACGACCUGUCGAUGUCAUGGUUUCCCCCGCACAACAACUGGACUUCGUUAGGUCAGCCAGCCGUCCUGGACUGGAGAUCACAACCUGGAUCUCUAAUGUCCAAGAUAUGAUUGACCGAGAGGCCGCUGAGAUGAUCAAUUCUAAGAACGAAGUUAAUGCUGCCAACUUCGAUUACAACAAAUACAACACUUAUGAAAAGAUCUUUGCCUGGAUGAAUGACUUCUCUUCCUCUCAUUCUGGUGUCAGUAUGGUUCAGGUCACAACCACAUACGAAGGGGAACGAGUCUACGGACUCAGGAUCGCCAAGUCACCGUCCGCCACGAACGUAGCAUACAUCCAGGGAGGUAUCCAUGCCCGAGAAUGGGUUAGCCCAGCUACAGUCAUUAAUCUCAUCAAUAUGUUCGUAUCAAACUACGGCAGUGAUGAUACUGUUACCAGCAUGUUAGAUAACUUUGUUUGGAUCAUGGUCCCAGUAUAUAACAUCGAUGGAUAUAAAUUCAGCCGCAUUGAGGAUCGUAUGUGGCGCAAGAACCGCAACCCUAACACAGGAGGCUGCGCUGGAGUCGAUCUCAACCGUAACUAUGACUACGAAUGGGGAGGUGCGAGUAAAUCCAAGUGUGCCCAGGACUACCAAGGGACAGAAGCGUUGAGUGAACCCGAAAACAGUGGCUCCAAGGCUUUCCUUCAGAGCUUUGGCUCAAACCUCAAGCUUUUCAUCGAUUUCCAUUCCUACGGUCAGUACUGGCUCUACCCUUGGGGCUACACUAGAUUUGACGUCGCUCAUCCAGACAAAGACGAACAGAACGCACUCGCCAUCAAAGUGGAGAAUUCAAUUAACUCAGUUCAUAACAAAAAUUAUUUUGUUGGAGAAUCAGGACCUGAUAUGUACCCCGCAACGGGUGGAAGCGAGGACUUUGGCUACGGAUCCCUAGGCGUGAAGUACUCCUAUGUGGUGGAGCUUCGUGAUGAGGGUACGUUCGGAUUCGAGCUUCCAGAAAGGCAGAUCCAGCCAACCGCUGAGGAGAUCUACGCUGGUAUGAAGACACUCGGUCAGCAGCUCGUCGCCGAGUACGCAUAGAGACGACAACGAAUGUGGAUAAAAAGUUCAUUGUUUUGUGUUUCUCGUUAAAUGGGAUGUUCCAAAAUACGUAAAAAUACUUAAAAUAUUGGAUGUAUCAAUAAGCGACAGUGCGACGCUCAAUCCAGAAAUAAAAUGGUUUAUUAUUGUGGAAGUAAAAUAAAAUACAGAUCAACGAUUUUAAUCAAAAUGACAUGUAAGAAUUUAAGAUAUUGGUGAAAUGUUAUGUUUGGUAAAAAGAAAUUAAAGUAGAAUUGCUUAAAACUUUCAAAGUAAAACUGUACCUACACAUUUUGCGAACGUAUAAUUAUGACUUUUGGGAUAAGGUAAAUUUGAAGAUGGUAUAGAUUGCCUUGGGAUAAUAAAAACGAGAAAACAUAUGAAAACAAUUCGUGUGAUUCGUGUAUAAAAACUUAAUCGAGUUAAUAAAAGAGAAUGGAUUGGAAAGAUCGAUAUUGUAUUGAAUGAGAGUUCUACUGUGUGAGUAAACAAACUUGACACCUCACAAAUCCCAAUUUAAGUGGAAAAUGUCAUUAACACGUAAGUAUUAUAUGUGGCCUGAAAGAGUAUCUUCUCCCAAAUAAUUUGAUACCAUAUUUAUGUGGAAUGUACUUUUUAAACUUUGAUGUAAAGUUCGAUUUGCGCCAAAGUAAGGCAUAGCUGCAAUGAGUGAAUCUAGAUACCAAUCACUUGCGGAUCCAGGGGGGCACAGCCGGCCCGUGCCCCCCCCCCCCCCCCCCCCCCCCUCUGAGAGGCACAAUUUGAAUUUAUAAUGUAAAAAUACCGUUAAAACACAAGUGUGCUCCCUUCCCUCCAUUUCAAAUUGACUUUUUAUUUUUUGCUUGUCAAUUUUUUUUUCUCGGGAAAAUGUGCCCCCCCCCCCUUUAGGAAAAUCCUAGAUCCGCCCCUGAUACCAAUAAUGUCAUAAUCCUACAUGAGUUAGUUAACAUAAUUGGAAAUCCCUUUUCAAUGAAAUUUACUUGAGAAGUUUAAAAAGUGUUAUUAUGUCGAUUAUUGAAAAUAUGUUUUUGAAUCGCUGCAAAGAAUACCUCCUUAUUAUCCAAGCAUUUUACCAUCUAUUUUAAUUCGACAAAUGAAUUGGGGUAUUGAGUAAAAGAGGUGGAAAAGAGACAAGCAUAGAUGAAAAGGAAAAAUAUAUACAUAAUUAUAUUGACUGGUUGGUUGGGUCAUUGAUUGAGUAGCUGGUUGAUUGAUUGAUUGAUUGAUUGGUCGAUUGAUUGAUAAAUUGAUGGAUGGAUUGAUUAGUUGGUUGGUUGACUAAUUGAUUGAUUCUUUCUUUCUUUCAUUCAUUCAUUCAUCUUUUUUGUUAAAUUGAUUGAUUCAAUGAUACAAAUGAUAAUAAUAAUAACGGUAUAUUUACCCAGGGUAGCCACUUCAGUUCCGAAAACUGUUCUCCCAGCGGGCCCUGCAUGCUAUCAUUAUUACCCUGCUAAGCUAGGCUACCGAUUCAGAUGCACACAGCUUUUUGAGGAAUUAUUUCAUGCCGGUACCCAUUUUCCUCACCUGGGUUGAGUGCGGCACAAUGACACAAUGUCAAAUGUGUAUCAUAUUCUAGUGUCCCGUAUUCUGUAGUCCGAUUCCAAAAUAAUGUCCAAUCUCAAUCGUUCGACUCACAUUUUUAAUUAUUGGAUCUUCCUUAAACAUAAUUUAUGUGGUAGUUUGGUCGCUAUCAUUAUGGAGUUUUUGCAACUACAACGGCGACAGAUUCAGAACACAGUAAGUGUAUACCUGUUAAAUAAACAAAGACAGCUGGGAGGUCUUUGUCGAAAAUCGAUGAACAGGAGCAGCAGUUUCUUCCUAAGUUUCGGAGCUGACGAAAAAUUGCCAAUAUGUCGUUUGACCAGAACGAAACUGCUGUAUUUAUUCACCAAUUUUCGACAAAGACUUCUUGGUUGCCCUUUGUCAUAAAGAGUAUUUUGACAAUAUAUGUUCUUGAAUGCGUCGUACGCCGUGGAAGCGAUACCUUAUUGGCGAAUAAAAGAGAACUUCACCGUAUGAUUAUAUUGAAUGUUUUGCGAACGCUAGCAACUGUUUGCGACAAGAAAACAGUAUGUAGCAAUG